GGUCAGACAAAGCUUCAUCGCGCGUGCAAUGCGGGGGACUUGGAGCAGACCAUCAGCUUGGUUAGCCAAGGCGCCGACAUCAACAUGAAAGACAACGCCGGCUGGACGCCGCUCCAUGAGGCUGCGCUCGAGGGACACAAUUCAGUGGUGGUUGCUCUGCUGCGGCGCGGGGCCGACCAUUCAGCGAAGGGCUUUGGUGGCGACACGCCCUUGCACGACGCCUGCGCCAAUGGCCACUACGACGUUGUGCGCAGCCUACUAGUGGUGGGCGCCGAUCCGCAGCUCAAAAACAGCAAAGGGAUUACGGCAGAGGAUAUG